AUGCUAUUUGCUCGGGCAUCCGUGCGAGGCUCACUCGGGCUUCGUGUAUUCUCAACGGCGCGAGUCUACCGUACCGAACUUUCCUAUCAGGUCUAUGGCCCUGAGAACGAGCAGGCCGGGUCUCGGGAUCCAAUCCUGUUCCUGCAUGGAUUAUUCGGGUCUAAGCAGAACAACCGCAGCAUCAGCAAAGCCUUGGCGAGAGACUUGAAAUGUCGCAUCUACAAUUUGGACCUGCGCAAUCAUGGACAGUCUUUCCAUGCGCCGGAACACAACUACAGCGUCAUGGCUGAGGAUGUUCAAGAAUUUAUCGAGCAGCAGAAGCUAGACAAAUGCGUCCUGAUUGGUCAUUCUAUGGGCGCCAAAGCCGCGAUGACGGUGGCACUUCGCUCUCCAGAGCGCGUCUCGGGUCUAAUCCCCGUUGAUAACGCUCCCGUCAAUGCUGCGCUGAAGAGUGACUUUCCCAAGUAUGUACGGGGCAUGCAACGCGUAGAAGAGGCCAGGGUAUCCAAGCAAUCCGACGCCAACAAGAUUCUCGAGGAGUACGAAGAGUCCCUCCCAAUCCGACAAUUCCUUUUGACCAACCUCGUCCGCUCGGAGGAGGACAAUACGCUAAAGUUCCGCGUGCCACUGUCUACCAUUGGCGACUCACUCGAUAACAUGGCAGAUUUCCCCUUCUCCGAAGCGGACGGUAAGCAAUACAAAGGGCCUACGCUCUUUGUUCGAGGUACCAAGUCCCGAUAUGUCACCGACGAGACCAUCCCGGCGAUCAAGAAAUUCUUCCCGAAUGCUCAGAUUGCAGAUGUGGAUGCUGGGCAUUGGCUUAUUUCUGAAAACCCCGAGGCAUUCCGACAAGCGGUGCUCAAAUUCCUAGGACCAUCCUAG